AUGAAAUGUAAAAAAGUGGGGCAUUUCGCAAAAGUUUGUAAAACGAAAGAACAAGAUACCAGCAGACCCAAGAAAGGAAAUAUACACCAAGGCACCAAAGAUGAUGAUUUCGCCUUCACCUUACAGUCUAGUGGAAGAGAUAUUCCCACCAUAGACAUCGAGCUCGGAGGUGUUCGACUGGAAGGGGUUCUUGUCGAUUCUGGUUCCACCUGCAAUGUUAUUGACAGAGCGACGUGGGAGACGCGUAAGGAGAAGAAAGUGAAAUGCGUGUCAAGGAAAUCUAACAGAAAGCUGUACUCCCAUGGAUCCAAUGAGCCACCUACUGCUGCUGGUGAGUUUGAAACUGAACUUUGUUACAAAGAUAAACGUUGCCAUGUGUGUUUUAUUGUUGUGGAAGAGAAAGCAAGGGCAAUACUUAGCAGGGAUACCCCAGAAGAGCUGGCCAUACUGAAACUUGAAAUCAAUGCCUUAAAAGAAGAAACCCUGCCUAGAGAUUUUCCUGAGUGUUUUAAGGCAGUAGGAAAACUUAAGGGUUUCUAA